AUGGCCUUUGAAGAUGCCAUGGAUAUUGCUUCGAACGAUGACCAGGACGACUACACGGAGGAUACCACACUGGUGGGAAUGAAUGAUGGCGACGGCGACGGCUUCAAGCUUGAUGGCUUCGACACUCUGGGGCUCGAAAUCGAUGAGGAUGACGAAGACGACAUUGGCGACUACGAUGAUGCCAUCGUUGGCAAGAAGCGCAAGCGCGCCGGCACUGAAGCUCCUGAGAACAACCUGAAUCACUCCAAGCAGACCAACAUGCGCAUCAAAGCGGAGGGCGGAGAGGCCUUUAUUCUCUAUGAAGGCACUUCCUCUCUCGCAAAUCACCAGAGUACUCGAGUGUUCGGCACAUUCGGUCGUCGCGACCGCCAAAAGGGUGAGAGCCUACCCGCAUACCACAAGAAGGUCUCUGCAGAGCUGGACUCCGACGACGAACUCAUGCUCGAGAUGCGUGAGAAGGGAUAUAGUGACCGCCAGAUUGCCGAGAAGCUCGCAAAAGACGGUCGCGUUCGCUAUGAUCAGAAGUCCAUCUCUACGCGCAUCAUGCGCAUCCGUCUUGCGCAGGCUGAGAAUGUCGACUUCCUCCUGCAAGAGGGUUACAGGGAGUGGGAGUUUGAGGAUGACCAGCGUCUCGCUCAAGCCUAUGCUCUCGCCGAUAUUGAGAUCAGCUACGAGAUUGAACGUAUUCGUGCCUGGCGCUUCCGCAAGGUUUCCGAGUACAUGCGCCGCCUCAAUAAGGGCUCGCUCUUCUCAGCCAACGCCUGCCGCACCCGCUAUGGUCAGCUCACGUCAGGCACUGCUCGCAUCCCGUGCGACGUAGACGAUGACCCAGAUACCCGUCGCGAAGAGCUCGAAGUCUUCCGCCUAUCACGCGAAGCAGCCCGAGAGAAAGAGGCGGCUGAGAAAGAGACCCGAGAGGCCAUGGAGAAGCGCGUCAAGGACGCGGUCAAGAUCAAGAACGCUCAGAAGGCCGAAGAGAUCGCUAACAAGCGCGCAGCAAAAGAGCAGGAGAAGGCCCAGCGUGCUAUGCAGCGAGCUGCCCAAGCUCAGCUUCGCAUGCAGAAGGCAGCUGAAAACCAGAAGGCAAAGACAGAGCGCAACGCGCAGAUCAAGAAGGCUGAUUCCAAUCCUAAGAAGCGUGGAAAGAAGACCAAGUUGGAUACGGACGCGUCCACCAAAUCGACAUCGUCGAAGACCCUGGCGUUCAAGACCACCAAAGCCACCAAGGAAGUCCCUGAGACGGUCGAUCCGCGCUCUUACCUCAACAUGACCGACCUUACCAACCUCUGCGUCAACCGCGGCCUUCCUACCGACGACAAGACGAAGAAGGAGCUUGUCGCAUCCCUCGCCGACGCUGACAUGGAGUGGAACCACGACCAACUCUGCAAGAUGUGCAAGGCGAAGGGCCUCAACGCGGGUGGCACCAAGCUUGUCAUGCGCUAUCAGCUGGCUCUCAAGGCGGCACAGAUGUGUCCCAGCUUCGAAGCAGGCAUGAAGGCAGCGGAGGAAAAUGAGGACCAGGGUGGCGAUGACAUGAUUGUAGACGCCGAAUAA